AUGUUUCUUACAAAUGGGUCACGGGCCGGGCCUGUGAAGGAGAGGGGCUUGCUUAUAAUUGAUGCUGAUCAUCCUAAUUAUGAUGCCAGUGGCCGCGGUAAGAGGAGAAGAGUAGAACAAGAGCACCACUCAGAUCUCAACAACGAGACUGCAGCUCCUACAGGAGGAUCAGCUGGUGAGGAAAUUGUUUUGCCUUUUACCAAGACUUUAGCUUCGUGGAAAGAGUUUGAGUCUGAUGAGGUCUACAAAAGAACACCACAACGUCCUCACUUCCCAUCAUUGGCUUACACGCAUCCAAGUUUUGGUGAACCGACUGCAGCCUAUCUGACUGCAGCUUUUAUCGAUUGUGUAAAGACAGUAGAUGGUAUGUGUGAGGACACUCCAAAAAGUGAACUAGAUGUCUACAGAGAGACAUUUAAAAUGUUCGAGGAGCAGGGUUUCGACGUUGCAGAACCUUUAUCACAGGUCCUCACGCUGUUAGUUCUCCGCAAGAUGAGACGUGAAUCCCUCAGACAACAAAAAGGGAUGGAGAAAGAGAUGGCAGAUGAUUAUAGCAAGCUGAAAAAGAGUCUGGUGAGGUGCAAAAGCAGCUUUGAAGACAAGGAGACGGCCAAAUAAAAGAUAUGGGGUCAUUUCAUGGGUGUGGUUGGAUUUAUCCUUAUAACUUCUGUUUUUAUUUAAUCCUUUUUUGUAACAACUCUGUUGUACUUGCUACUGCUUGCCUUUGGCUGCUUGCCUUUCUAUUUAUGUGAUGACAUAAGGAAGUAGAGUUUGCUUAUUUGUGUGGUGCUUUUGUGCUUACUUAUGAGUUAUGAGACAACUUAAGGGUGAUGGAUGG